CCGUGCUUUCUCAGCUCUGCCACCCGCCGAAGGAGCGAAGCGCACUGGUGGCUUUUCCAAUUGCUUUUGUUACGGAUUUUCGCCCUUGGAUAAGUACGGCAAAAUAGGAGCAAGUGGUAAAAAGAAAAAGGGAAGACGAAUACAUAUACAGUAGUCGCUUGCUGCUCUGCAGGAUACAUAAAGAAGGGGUCGAAGAAAUGCACGCGUAAGAUAAGGAACUCUUGGAGAGUUUCGAGUGAGACCUUUUUUUUUUUUUAUCUAAUAUUAGCUCCCUGUUCAUCUUCUCAAGUAACAGCCUGUAGCAUCGGGAGGCCGCGGGCAGCCGGCGCGCAAGCUCUUCGGAGCAUGACGAGUAGAGCCGCUGUGCGAGCCCACCGGGCAGACGGCGAUCUUAUUUAUUUGCGCUAAUGAUACGUACGGACUUGACGAUCAGAAGAUGGCAACCGAUGGAUCAGAGAGCCUGGGAAUUUCCGUCCACCAGACGCCCCAGCACAGAGAUUUGUUACGAGAUGUAGUUUGCCAUGGGAAAUUCGAGAUUUUAAAUUCACUGGUUCCUCAACGAGAUUCCACAUACCAGCAAGGGCUAUACUUCAGUGAUGCAAAGAGAAGGAUCGAUUUUAUUCUUGCUUAUCAUAUUAAAAAACAUGGCUCGCGGAAGCAUGGUGGGCGCCAUGGCAACAAUACAAUAUCAAGUGUCAAGGGAGGCCAGCAACUCCCUGGCAAAAAUACGGACCCCGAGAUUGCUGCACAUGACUUGACGGCGGACUACCAUGAGGAUGACAAGAGGUUGCGGCGAGAGGAGUUUGAAGGAAGACUCAUGGAGACUGGCCUGGAACUGGAAAAAGAUGAAGAUUUCUGCACUGAUGCAGAUUGCGAAGUAGCCGGAGUAAAACAAGGCUGUCCGAAGAAGCAUGACCUGACUAAAACUCCAGGAAUAGGAUAUGUGAAAAUACACGCUCCCUGGCACGUACUCUGCCGUGAAGCAGAGUUCAUGAAACUCAAAAUGCCAACUAAAAAGGUGUAUGAAGUUAACCAAAGCAGUAAUUUUGUGGAGAAGAUUAACGCAUUUAUUUCUAAAGUAACGGAACCUCUUCAUCCCAAUGUGGACGGGGCUAAAGUGUCAAAUGUAAAGCACCUUUCAUAUCCAUUUUCCAGAGAAAAACAGCACUUGUUUGAUUUAACAGACAGAGAAUCCUUUUUUGAUAGCAAAACCAGAAGUACAAUUGUUUAUGAAAUAUUGAAGAGGAUAACUUGUACUAAAGCGAAAUACAGCAUGGGGAUUACCAGCCUUCUUGCCAAUGGUGUUUAUACUGCAGCGUAUCCCUUACAUGAUGGUGACUGUGAAGGAGAUGAUACAGAACAAAAUGACAGAAAGGUCCUUUGGGAAGAAUGGGCAAGUUACAGUGUGUUUUACAAGUACCAGCCCAUUAAUCUUGUCAGGAAAUAUUUUGGUGAAAAAAUUGGUCUCUACUUUGCCUGGCUUGGAGUUUACACACAAAUGCUCAUUCCUGCAUCGGUGGUGGGGAUCAUUGUAUUUCUCUAUGGCUGUGCUACUGUUGAUGAUGACAUACCCAGCAUGGAGAUGUGUGAUGAAAGGAACAACAUUACAAUGUGUCCUCUGUGUGACAAAACCUGCAGCUACUGGAAACUUAGCACAGCUUGUGCGACAGCUCGUGCUAGCCACCUCUUUGACAACCCAGCAACGGUUUUCUUUUCCAUCUUCAUGGCAUUGUGGGCGGCAAUGUUCAUGGAGCAUUGGAAAAGAAGACAAAUGCGGCUCAAUUAUAAAUGGGAUCUGACAGGUUUUGAAGAGGAGGAGGAAGCAGUCAAGGCCCACCCAAGAGCAGAGUAUGAAGCCAAAGUAAUGCAGAAAUCCAUGAGAAAAGACCACAAAGUGAAAAAGAAACAGCCGGAGGUAGUCGAGGAGAGAACAAACAAAUGGAAGCAAACUGUUCAAACUGCCAUGGCCGGGGUCAAGCUGACAGAAAAAGAAAAGCUUACCUGGAGAGACAGACUACCAGCAUAUACAACCAAUAUCGUGAUGAUUCUGUUUAUGAUUGGCCUUACUUUUGCAAUUGUGUUUGGAGUAAUACUCUACAGGAUAUCCACAGCCGCAGCACUUGCAAUGAGUCCAAAUCCUACCACCAGGUCUAAUGUGAGGGUCACUGUCACAGCUACGGCAGUUAUCAUCAAUCUGGUGGUCAUCCUUAUCCUUGAUGAAGUCUACGGCUCGAUUGCUAGAUGGCUAACAGUGAUUGAGGUUCCAAAGACAGACAAAAGCUUUGAGGAGCGACUGAUAUUCAAAGCAUUUAUCCUCAAGUUUGUGAACGCCUUCACACCUAUCAUUUAUGUGGCUUUCUUCAAAGGAAGGUUUGUUGGUCGUCCAGGGAAGUACGUCUACGCCUUUAAGUCCUUCCGAAUGGAAGAGUGUGCUCCUGGUGGCUGCCUUAUGGAACUCUGUAUUCAACUCAGUAUCAUCAUGCUGGGAAAACAGCUCAUCCAGAACAACCUGUUUGAGAUCGGCAUCCCCAAACUGAAGAAAUUGAUUAGGUACAUCAAGUCAAAGCGACAGUCAGCACAGGAGGAGGAGGAACGGGAAAAGAAACUCCAGCGUUACGAGACCGACUAUGAUUUGGAGCCAUUUGUAGGCCUUACUCCAGAGUACAUGGAAAUGAUGAUACAGUUUGGCUUUGUGACCCUCUUUGUCGCUUCAUUUCCACUGGCGCCUCUCUUUGCACUGCUUAACAACAUAAUUGAAAUCCGCUUGGAUGCCAAGAAGUUUGUAGGAGAGCUUAGAAGACCGGUAGCAGUGCGGGCCAAAGAUAUUGGUAUUUGGUACAAUAUUCUGAGAGGAGUAGGAAAACUGGCAGUCAUAAUAAAUGCAUUUGUGAUCUCGUUCACGUCUGACUUCAUCCCACGCCUUGUGUACUUGUAUAUGUACAGUCCAGAUGGCUCCAUGCAUGGCUUCAUCAAUCAAACCUUGUCUUAUUUCAACGUCAGUGACUUCCAGGCUGGAACCGAACCUUUGGAUUCUUUACAGCUGGGCUUCAGGGUUGACGUCUGCAGAUACAAAGACUACAGAGAACCUCCAUGGACACCAGAUGAAUAUGAAAUCACAAAACAAUUUUGGUCAGUCUUGGCAGCGAGACUCGCAUUUGUAAUUGUGUUCCAGAAUCUGGUGAUGUUCAUGAGUGACUUUGUGGACUGGAUGAUCCCAGAUAUUCCGAAGGAUAUAAGUGAGCAGAUCCACAAGGAGAAGGUCCUCAUGGUGGACCUCUUUAUGAAGGAAGAACAGGGAAAGCUUCAGAUGUUAGAAACCUUACUGGCAAAAACUAAAGAAGGCAAAGGCACGGAGAAUUGUAACAACCACAGCCCCUACAGUCGACCUCGUAGCCAUAAAGGAAGCACAACAUCUCUGCAUUCACAAAAUGACGAUGCAUAAACUGGGCAAAGUUCAAGUUUGAGAAAAAGAAAGACAAAGAUAACUUAAAACAUGUAUUUGUCUGUGCAUUCCAUAUUACAAGAGACUUGACGGAAGGACUUGACAGAGAAGACGUCAGUUUAAGCGGUGUUUUCAGUCCUGUUACUUCGGCUAAGAGUUCCCAUCAUGGCUAUGAGAAGGACCACAUUCUGAACACAGCAAAGGCUUUUUUGUGUGUGUGUUCCUCUGUAUUCAACUUUUUCCUCUUUAUUUUGCACAAUUUCAAAUUCAUUGCAGGGAAAUUGAUUUUAGUCUACGGUUAGCGGAACUGCAGACGGUGAACGAUGAUUUGCUCUUCUUGUUCCACAUAUGUUUUUUCCUCUGUCUAGCUGUUAGGUUUCUUCUUCCAGCCGGCUAUAUUUUAAUUUUGAUUAUAUUUUCUUUUUUGCAAUCAUGCUUUAAGGGCAGUUGGCAUUGACUUGUGAUCUGUAAUUGUAGGACAUUUACAAGUGUAUCUGGAAUUUAGGGAGUAUUCUUGACCUGGUGAAUCUGAAAUAUUUUGUUCUUUAUAUUUUGGAUUUUGGUACAUUUUUUAUUUUCUUUGAGUUCUAAAUAAUUCAUUUACUUUGUCAGGGAUUCAUUUCCACUGUAGCAGACCACAUAUCCAUAGUCUGUAACCCAGUCUGGGAGACUUCAAUAUUCAUAUAUGGAUCUUAUUGCUUAGUUGUUUAGAAAAAUUUAAUUUUAUUCUGCGAUGAACAUAAUUGCUAAAACUGGGGCAUCUUUUACUCAAUCUGUGUGUUUUUUUAAAAAAAAAAAAAACAUAUAUUCCAUAAUGCUUCACAUUUUAUGCAUUUUCCUACUUACUUGUUGACCUUGCAAACAUUUGUUUCAUAGCCUCAAACACCAAAUACUGUUCAGGGUAAUAAUUCGGUAAUCGUUUAAGUUGCCUUCUUUAUUCCCUAUCCCAAAAAUGCCUCUGGAUCUUCUUCAAAACAGAGUGAGAAAACAGUUUCCCAGCUGUCUCUUAUACAAGGCAUCGAUUAGCUCCCAAUACUCUCACAGCCUUCGCUCUGCUGUAUUUCAACAGAAUGCUGUAGGAAAAAACGUAGAAUAUGUCACAGGACUCAUUAGGUAAGGUCAGUUAUCUUGGGGGAGAUUAGCAAUGGCUGUCAGCUCCUCAUGGCAGAACUUUAAUCUGCUUCUGAGGGCAUUCCUGCACAGUAUUAACCAGAAGGAUUUCCUCAAAGAUCUACCAUAGCAGUAAUACGCCAUAACGUACGAUUAUGCUUUUGUUUGUUUAAACAGUAAUGGCUUGUCUAUUUACUCCUAGAGCAUAGCCUGACUGUAGCUUGUAGACAGCAAGGCAUUCUUCUGGCGACCAUAAUACAAUACAUAGUUUUCUUUAUUAUUAAUUUUACAGUCUAAAUAAAAAAACAUGUAAAAACUCUUAGAGGUGUCCCAUAUUUAAUAUUCAUAUUAUUUAAAUGAUCUGAGUCUCAAGGGUAGAGCGUAUCAAAUUGAUUUUUCGAAAGCUAACACCUUUGGAAUAAAUGUGUCUCCAGGGUGCUAGACCAGUCAAUGAGCAAUGGCCCUCUAUGUUCUGUAAGUUGGCUGCUGUUCAGAAUGCCCAUUUUUAUUUAGAUGUGUGAAGUUAACGUGUCCGGUGCUAUGUAAUGGAGGGGCAAUAAAAAACGCCUAGGACACACUCUGUUUGAAAACCGACCUAAACACUACGGCCGCAGCAGUCCAUGAGAAUGCACAGAGAAGCUUGUUUUCAUUCUCAGUUAUUCUACCUGACAAAAGCACUAAUAUAUUUAAUAUAUUUUUAUAUCCGUGUACAGUCGUUCAGCUUUUUGCCAAAGUUGACAAGUUAUGUUGUAGAGACAUAAAGACAGUUGAUCCUAGUAGCUUGACUCUUCUCUUGCGUUGUUGCAUUUAUUUCAGUUCUUAACACCAAAAGCACAUCAUUUUUAAUGGAUGAUAAUAUGCCAAAAAUGUGUGUGUGUUUAGUUUCUUUUUCUUUCUUUAAAUAAGGGCUCGUGUUUUAACAUUGGUUGUUGGGAAUUGAUUGCAACAUUUAAAGUCUGAAAAGCUUCUUUUGCUCCUAGGAUGCUCCAGAUGUAAUCAAAUAUGGUACAUACAAUAUUUUCUGGUUCGAAGAGUUGUAAUAAUGUGCUCUUAAGGGUAUUUGCAUCCAGCAUUGGUUAGCCUUGCAGCCACCCCAAGUAAAAAGCCUGCUCUCUUUUAGCAAAUAUUGCAUUUACAAAACAAUGAAAGAAAUUACGUUUGCACCUGGUAAAGUAAUAACAAGUGCUUAGUGACAGAAAUCAUGUAUAUGAAGAAAAAAAAAAAAAAGAAGAUUGCACUGGUGAAUUGAUUAUAUGGAUGUUUUGAAUUUUUAACAUUCUCAGUUUCUGUUACAGUUGUACAAAAAGCUUUUAAAAUUCAGGUAUGCAUAUUUUUAAACCCCUAAAUUGCAUUAAUAACUGCUUAGGCCAAUACAAUAUUCCUAAUAUUUUUAGGAAAAUCCUUAUACAACAUUACUGUAAUCCCCAUUUGUGAGCAAAUGUGGAUGCUUUUUUUUUUUUUUGGCUCUGGAGACUGAAGGAAAUGGUUUUUUACAUGUUAACUAUUAAAUUCAUAUGUAGACAAGUUAAGUAAUAUUAAUUUUCAUAGAAAAAAAUAUUUUUAUUGUAUCUUAAAAAUAAAAGCUCUAAAUGUAUACAGAUUUACUUUUUAGUUUUAAGGGAAAAUUUAUUAAUGAUAAAUAAAUAUCUAAGGUUA